UGAAAUAACGCAUGACCUUUCCCUCCACCUUUACUCUGUUUCAUUUUUUUUAUUUUUAGAACUCUUGUUAUCUUCGUGCAUUGGCUCUAAAUCCCAAUCAUGCAAUUGUACGUGGCUUGUGUUUAUUAUGAACAAGGACAUUUGGAUUUGGCAAUUGAAACAUACAAAAGAGCGAUUGAACUACAACCAGAUUUUCCUGAUGCUUAUUGCAAUUUGGCUAAUGCUUUGAAAGAAAAGGGAUUGGUUAUUGAGGUUGAACAACGGGAAUACGCUCUUGACUGAAAUUUUCAAAAGGGCAUAUCUAGUGCUCAAAGCUUUCAUCUGGGUACGAGAAAAAUUUUCGGUUAUUGUUUUGGUUUUCCUUUAGGGUUCGAACCCUCUUAACAAGUGGGCCUAACGCUCUACUAGUUACGCCACGCGUGAAAAAUAACUGUUAGAUGACCGAUGAUGAUGGUGGUCUUCAGACACUGUUGGCUUGUAUUUGGAGCAAUUUCAGUUGCCCUUCACUCCCCCCCCCCCUUUCUUCCCAUUUUGCGGACAAAGCUUGCUGUGUUUUAAUCCAACAACAUUAUUUUUUUUUCAUUCAGUGCUUUGUAUGCUUUGCAACCAAAGAAGCUGCAUCUGGACUUCAUCAAUCUGGUUUUGUCUCAAAACCAGUAGAGGCGGAUGUGGAGCUCUCUUCUCCAACAUCAAAAGCACAAGUCCCCUUUGGCAUUUGCGUGCGUCCUUUAGGCGUGUUGCGUGGGUUUUAG